AUGUCUUCCACCUGGCGUCGCGCCGCGGUUUUCUCGCUGUUCUCCCUUCUCGCGCACCGCGUCGUGAGUGACACCGCCAUCAGCCCGUCCUUCUCCUAUGGCACGGAGACGGUCCGCGGCGUCAAUUUGGGAGGAUGGCUCGUCCUCGAGGUGAGGGGCUCGCUUGACCGCUGUCGGCCGCACCCAUGGAUCACGCCCAGUCUCUUCGACAACACCGGCAACGAUAACAUCGUUGACGAGUGGACCUUCGCUGAGCUCCAAGACACUGCGACAGCAACCUCUGCCCUCCAGAACCACUGGAACAGCUGGAUAACAGAACAAGACUUCGCAGACAUUGCGGCAGCCGGUUUGAACCAUGUUCGCCUUCCUAUCGGAUAUUGGGCAUUCGACGUCGGCCCGGGAGAGCCUUACAUCCAGGGCCAGGUUCCCUACCUCCAGAAUGCUGUUGGUUGGGCUGGGAACUAUGGUCUCAAAGUUAUCGUCGACCUGCACGGUGUUCCAGGAAGCCAGAAUGGCUUCGACAACUCGGGACAGAGAAUGAAUUACCCGGAGUGGCAGUCGAACUCUACGAACGUGCAGCGGACCGACGCCAUUGUCAAAACGAUCGCGUCAAUGUUCGCCAACAACCCCCAGGUCGUGUCUAUCAUCGAGCCGAUCAACGAGCCAGCGGGGUAUGAUAAUAACGGUAAUCAGAUGCUGGAUGUGGUCCAGCAGUACUACUACGAUUCGUACGGAAACAUCAGAUAUUCUUUCGGCACCUCGGAGGAGAGCAACACGGUCGUACUACUGCAUGACGCGUUCCAAUCUCUCAGCUACUGGUCGGGCUUUGAGACUCCCUCCAACUGGCAAGGUGUCGCAAUGGACACGCACAUCUACCAGAUGUUCUCGGACUCGGAAGUAGCCUAUUCCGACUCGCAGCAUAUCUCCGCCGCCUGUAACUACGCCUCGACCCUCUCAGGCUUCGACCUCUGGUUGAUUGUCGGUGAAUGGUCGCCCGCCGCCACCGACUGCGCGACCUACCUCAACGGCCGUGGUAUCGGUGCGCGGUACGACGGCUCCUACGCCGGCUCGUCGUACGUCGGCAGCUGCGACGGCUUGACCGGCUCGGCUUCGACGUUCAGUAGUUCGUACCAGACGUUCCUCCGCCAGUUCUGGGAGGCGCAGACGAUCACGUUUGAAAACAACGCGCAAGGUUGGAUCCAGUGGACAUGGAAGACGGAGAGCGCGGAUGAGUGGUCCUACCAGGCCGGAUUGGCCAACGGCUGGAUCCCGCAGAACCCGACGGACCUGCUCUACCCCAACAUCUGUGGCUAGGUUACUGCUGACCCGCUGAUGUCUGCCUCGACGAAGCGACAUUAUCUGUUCUUUGCUUGUGUUACGUCAUCUGUGCAAUUAAACCGGACCUCCAUUACUCACUUCACCUAGUCAAUACGAUCCGAGUAGUCUAACUACCAUUGUAUUAGUUCUACGACACAAUCACGGUUUUACGACUUUCACGACGAUACUCUCUGUAUUAUUGCACUACUGCGGUAUACAAGGAUUCGCGUAUUCCUCAGCUGGCAAACCUGAGUUUGGACGCGCUUG